AUGUUGGGCUGGGUCCAGAAGGUGCUGCCUCAGCCUCCGGGGACCCCUCAGAAGAUUGAGGAGGGAGCAGAACCACUGCUAGAACCAGAGUUGGAGCCUGAGGCAAAACCAGAACCUGAGCCAGAGCCCCAGCUGGAGCCAGAACCUCAGCCAGACCCAGAGCCAGAGCCUGAAACAGCCCCUGAAGAGACUGUGCCAGAGGUCCAGACCCUGCCACCGGAGGAGCCAAUGGAAGGGGAGGAACCAGUGGAAGGGGAGGAGCCAAUGGAAGGGGAGGAGCCAAUGGAAGGGGAGGGCGUAGCUGAGGCUGGCCCUAGCCUUCAAGAGGCCCAGGAAACUGACCCUCCUCAGCCUACCCUUCAGGCCCAGGUUGCUGUUGUCAAGGUGAACAGCCCCAGCGCCUGGCUGCUGACCUGGUUCUGGAAGCACAUGGAGAAGGUCGUGCCACAGCCUGUCAGCAGCAGCAAGAACCUGGCUGCUGGAGUGGGAGACCCAGAUCAGGCUGGAACACAGAUUCUGGGACCCAGUGGUGCUGGGGAACCAGUUCCUGACUCUGUAGGGUCUGCAGAUGGCUCAGAUGAUGCUUCCGGGGCUCAAAAUACUGAGCCCAGCCUGUGGCUGCUCAGGUGGCUUGAGCAGAAUCUGGAGAAAGUGCUGCCUAAGCCCCCUAAACCCUCCGAGGCCUGGAGUGCUGAACCUGAGGUUGCUGUCUUGGACCCAGAUCCUCCAGAACCCCCGAUGGAGACAGAGCCCACAGAGAUUCCCUCCCAGCCUAAUCCUGAAACCCUGGAGCCUGAGGAGGAGCCAGCUGCAGAGCCCCAGCCUGGCUUCCAGGUCUCUUCACUGCCACCACCUGGGGACCCUGUCAGGCUGAUUGAGUGGCUUCUACACAGGCUGGAGAUGGCCCUGCCACAGCCCGUGCUCCAUGAGAAAGCUGCAGAGCAGGAGCAUGGCUGCCCUGGGACGUGCGAGGUGCAGACUAGGGUGACAGCAGCUGGAAGCCUCUGAAACAAGGGAGAAGGGGACCUGGGGAGCCCAUGGACAAACAGAUGGAUGGAUGAAGGACAGAAGGAUGCUUCAAGAGAAGACCUUUUAGAGGGCAGUGACUGCUAAUCUCCACCCUCCUUGAUUAGUGAACCCUAGACAGGACAGAGGAAAUCAGAGUCAUUAUGUGAAACCCCAGAGCUUCCUCUUGGGGCUCUUGGCCAGGGGACAGCACCCUGGCCAGAGCAAGAGCAAGAAGGACUUCCUGGUGGGAGACUAUGGAGAGCCCUAUUAAGACCUCAGUGUUCAAUGUCUGAGCAUGCUCACACCGGGGCACCUGGUACCAUCCACACUGCCUCAGGACCCUGUUUCCCUACAAGUGAUUCUCCCAAGGUCUGCCCUGAUUCUCUGUCAGGGACCACCACCAACUGUGACAUUGUA